AUUCCGCAGCCCAUGGCGUCGAUGGCCGACACUUACAGUUCGAUGGGAAUGACAUCCUAUUCGAUGGCCAAUAAUAUGGCGUCCAAUUCGUGUCUACAACAACAGGCAGCGGCCGCCGCGGCCGCCUCGUCCUACUCAUGUAUGUUACCUCCCGGGCCUGGCCGUGGCUACGACCCCAUCACACUGGGAGGCUAUUCGCGACCCUCGUGCCCAUCGGCGGCUCAGGUGCACGCCAUGCAAAACGGACAGUUCGGUGGUGUCAACAACCCGGCAAACUCUACCGGUCUGAUAUCACCCGGGGUGUCAGUGCCCGUACAGGUGCCCGGGCAGACCACUGACCUCACCAAUGCCAUGCAGGCCGCCUCCAACUACUGGCCCCGUAUUCAGUGACAACCAAUCUAUAAAUAUAAGUAAUUAUUAUGGGAUAAUGACAACUAUAUUAAAUAAACUACUCAUUAGACUACAAAACAUAAGUUUUUGUGCAAUAAAUACCAUUAAUAUACUGAACGACUUUGCAAACAAACUAAAGCACCAUGUUACAAACUAACCAAUAAUUUUGUCGACAAUUUUAUGCGCCAUUUAUUUGUAAUAUAUAUCGUGAAUGACAUGUAUUUCUGUGGCAAACAUCUCGUUUGGACAUAUGAUAUGGAAAACCAAAAACUCAGAUCUCAUAUGGUUUUCAGAAAAUGAAAAAAUAAUUUUUGUUUUUUUGUACCAAUUCUUAAGAAAUGACUGAAAAUACUGAUAAACAAAUCGGAAGUGUUUUUCGCAUCAAAAUCACUCAUCAAUUAAUUGUUGGAAACAAUACGGAAACAAAACUUUUACUAAUAUCUCUCAUAUAAAUAUGUAAUUUAUAUAAACAAUACGUAAUGAAAAAAACACAAUUAUAAAUAAAAUUAUAUAUAAGUUUUGACAAUAAAAACAUCCAAAUAAUCAUAUAAUUUGAAUACUCGAUCGCUUUGUCUGUUUACCACACUUUCAUACCAUACAU